UAAUGUCUGCCAAAGUCAGCCGACGCAUGGCGUUGUGCCGCUUUGCUGGUGAUGCCGAUGACUCAGAUGAGCGAGUUCAGCGAGUUCAGCGAGUUCGCAGGUGAUGAUGCGUUGCAGACAUUGCAUGUAAUUCAAAAUUUGCAGCUGAAACUGCGGAAAGCAUCUCAUGAAGUUCAGAUUCAUAGACAGAGUGCUGCGAAAGCAGAAGCGGCGUUGCAAAGUCAAGCCAUGCGACAUUUGUCACAAGCUGAACUUCAACAGGAAAGUAUGUUGUCUUUACAAGAGGCAUUUCAGGAAAGAGAUGCUGAAUGCGUUUACACGGAGCGAUUGAUUUCAGAACUUCAAGCAUUUCAAUCUGAGUUGCUGGUGAACGAACAGAAUGAACGGGCCUUUGUACAUCGUGAACAACACGAGUUCUUGCAAUCGGAAUUUGAAACGUUGCAAGAUGAGAUGCAAACAGCUGCCGAGAGCAAUGCUGCAGUGGCCAGAACUUUAGAGGAAACGAAGGAAGCGAAGCGUCGUCGAGAUGAGUUGAUCAUUGACAAAAUCAACGAAACUCGUGAGAUGCAUUGGCAAAGUCAGCGAAAUGCCUUGGAAGCUAAACGCCGUGGCAAUGCCGUGUCCAGCCGAGCAGUAGCAGAGGAACAACUAAGAGCUUCAAGGGCGCAGAAAUCAUGUGCUCAACUUUUGACAAAUCAAAAGGCAGAUUUCGAAGCUCAACUGGAUGAGGCCUAUCGUCAGUCUGCCUCCAUCGAACAACGAAUGGAAGGACUUCGAGAACGAAAUCGACAGUUGGAGCUUCAAAUGACCAAGGAGAAGACGGAAUUUGAAAAACAAAAGAAGGAAAUGGUCCAAAAGUUGCGGAAACAAAGCGCUGCUUUCAGAACCUUUUCGAAUCUGUUGGAUGAGCCCUGGCUGGAUGCAUGAGAUUGAAAGAGGUCAACGAUGGUCAACGAUGGUCAAUGUCGGUGCGCGCCAAAAACGGUGUGCCAGUGCAGC